AUGUCUAAUACUCAUAACCCACUUAACCCAGAGUACACUCAGGAUGGCGAAAGAAGAAUUCGUACUAAAGUUGCCUGUGAUUAUUGUCGGAAACGAAAAUCCAAAUGUGAUGGCGAAGAACCAUGCUCCAAAUGCAUAAGUCGCAAACGUGAAUGCACAUAUUCAUUUACUCCGAAGGAGAGAAAGAAACGCAUCACCACGUCUGAUAGCAACGAUAUCAAGAAACCACACAAGAUGCCGAAACAAAAAAAAACUAUCGAAGAGUUGAAUUCUAGAAUUUCCCUUUUGGAGAGUCUAGUGACAAAAUUGGUCUCUAAUCUAGACCCUUCAGACAAGAUGGGAAUUUAUUCACAAAUGCAAAGAACACAAGAGCUGAGCGCAGAGCAGGAUUCAGGUGCUAACAUGAGUGAUGAGGAGAUGGACGGAAGUACAGACAGCUCGUCUUCUCACAAAGAAUCAGGGUAUGUCCUUGAUUCGAAAUCAAUGAAGGAGAUGCUUCGGCCCCUGUCGUCUUUUAUGGACAAAGAUUGCGUGGCAAAGAAGGCGAUGAAACGUGUGGCUGAAUAUUGUGGUGCUCAUUCGCUAAUGCAUAUACUUUCUGCGCGUUCUUUGCAAUGGGUAAAAGAGCGUCUUCAGGGAUCUCAAUUAGGUUUAGUUGACCAGCUGUUAUAUGCUCCUUUAAAGAAUGCUCCACUUCUUUUAAGCAAUGAUGUUGAUCGCUCAUCAAAUUUGUUGAAUAAGCAGAGACAGGUACGAUCAGUUGACAAGUAUUUUGCUCCAAAGGACAAGGCCAUGUUAUUGGAGCUAUUGGAAGCCUGCUAUCGCAGAAUAUACAUUGGCGCAUUCGUUUGUCCAUUGGUGGACGUGCAGAGCUUAUUUGAAAAGUAUUAUUAUGGAAUUUCAACCAACAACCAAUCAAUGUUGUCGAGCAUCUCCCACAGCGAGUACCUUAUAAUGAACUCAGCUUUGGUAUUAGCUCUAUCCAAAUUCACGUCGCUAAAUCGAGUUGCUGGUUCUCAACAUCCCAAUUUGGCAAGCUUGACAACUGCCGAUGCUGAGCAACUACGUACAAAAUAUUUCGAUAAUGCUAUGCAAGAGUACAACUAUGUCUCCAAACGCAAUGAGGGGUACAGAUCACUUCAAGGAAUUGCUUUGUUGAGCUUGGUUAUUGAGGAGUCUUUCAUAUCAGACUUUCAUGUCAACUACAUUAUAGUUGGCACGUUAGUCAGAUAUGCACGGGAGCUUGGCUUACACCGAGUCGAAGUAUUACAAGACAAAGAUCGUGACACUGGUUUAGCUUGUCGGAAAAUGUGGCUAUUCACCGAGUACAUGAGUGUUGAAGUUAGUUACAAAAGUGGGAAACCAAUGUUGAUUAAUAAUGAGGAUGUGACCACCUUGAGUGAAGUUGACCCUUGUAUCUUUUCGGUGCCAAGGGACUUGUUUGUGAAUCCUGAUUACGAACAAAAUGCACCGCAAUUGAUUGAGAGUUUGAAAAGAGAAGGUGCAAUAUUUUACUUUUGCCAUUUUUUGCUCAUGUUGACACGGAUUAAAGCAAAGAGCUACUACAAGUUGUAUUCAAAGCUUCCAUCGAGUAUCAACACCCAAGGUGCUCUCACCGUUGUCAAUGAAAUAAACGACGACAUGCAAACAUUGGCGCGGCUUAUUGAGCCUGAAGUUAUUCGUCCUCACAAAGACCACCCAUUUGUACUAUCUAUGUUUGACUGUGAUGAAGGAAUCCUCAAAUUCCAUGUUCUUCUGUAUCAUUUGUCAUUCCAUGCACUUAUGCUUUCGGUUAACCGGGUUCCCUUUUUGGAGCAGUUCAAUAUUGAGGAUGACAGGCUUUUACCAUAUGGGAAUAAGUCACUUGUAGCUGCCAGAUCAAUUUUGCAAGCUGUUUCCAAUCCAAACUUGUUGUGGAAGGUUGAUGACACCAGUUUCCCAUUUCUACUUUUUUAUCCAUUUAUUGCGUUUUUGAGUGUUGUGGGCAAUUGUUUAAUUUAUCCAACAGAGGCUUCAUCGUAUUAUGACUGCUUACUUUUAAUUGAUGCUUCGUUGAACUUUUUCGCUUAUAACGGUCCUCAGUCAACGAAUCUUGACAACAAGAGAGUUUUCUCCGACAUGGUUACUCGCUCUUUUUUGAGAAUAUUGAUUGAUACUAUGGAGAAGAAAGCCAAUGUGUAUUUUUACAGAAUGCGUCCAGGUUUGCGGGAACAUAUUGAAUCAUUACAAUCAAAGUAUCCAGAAAUGUUUCAACCUGAAUCGGAGUUGAAACUGAGUUCUCCUGUGCAAUCGGCUCCCCCUGUCUCGUCCUCAUCAUCACGAACGUAUAAUGCCGGUGGCAAUUCAAUACAUUCCAGUCAGACUGCUAAUAAGAUGGGUCAGCUCCAUGACAAUUUUGAUACUGGUGUGCCACUCGCUGGAGAAAUGGUUGACUUGGAUAAGUUGUUACAUGAGGAAAAUUUCAAUCAAUUUGUGUUUGGAGAAAUCAAUGAGUUGUCGGAGUUCUUCAACUAUGAUUUGAGUAAUUGA